GAUGUGACAAAACGCUUUCUGCCAAUGAUGUACUUCUGAAGUCGAGUCACGAAAAUGUAGAAAACAUGGCAGCCAAUCUGCAGGCACCAGAAUUCCAUAAACAGCAUUCUGAUUAUGACCAGAUAAUCUCUUUUGGUGAUUUGAGUGGCCCAAGUGCUAGGUCUUGCCACAAGAUGUGUAUUGACACAACGCGGAGACAGAUAUAUACAUUGGGUCGUUACUUAGAUUCUUCUGUGAGGAAUAGUAAGUCUCUGAAGAGUGACUUCUAUCGCUAUGACAUAGAUACUAAUAAAUGGACAUUGUUAAGUGAAGAUACAGCUACUGAUGGUGGACCAAAGUUGGUGUUUGAUCAUCAGAUGUGUAUGGAUUCUGAAAAACACAUGAUUUACACAUUUGGCGGGAGGAUAUUAACUUGCAAUGGAAAUAUUGAUGACACUCGAGCUAAUGAACCACAGUUCAGUGGACUUUUUGCUUACCAUUGUCUGUCUAAUACUUGGAAGUUACUUCGGGAAGACUCGUGCAAUGCUGGACCAGAGGAUGUACAGUCGAGGAUUGGGCACUGCAUGCUCUUUCACACUCCCAGCAUUGGAGAGCUGUGCUUGGUUUGGAGGCUGGAGAAAAGUUUUGGUUUAAAACUGAGGCCAGAGGGCAGUCAGGAUUCCCAUGGAGCUGAAAAGUCUUCACUGGAUUUCCACUAG